AUGAAAGCACAGAGAAUUCUGACACGCUUCAUCUUGGUUCUGUUGAUGCUAUUAGGAUCGUCUUCAGAUGUUCACGCGCAAGUAUCAAAAACCUCAUGUUUUAUUUCUUUACCGCGUAUUAACUUCCUGUUUGUAGGAGGAGGGAAUUGUAUGGCGGAUACAGACUGUAACUCUGCUGCAAGCGGAGGAUUCUGUAACCUUGGACCCAACUCCUGUAUAUGUAUUAAUGGAUUCACAGGAGCAAACUGUCAGACAGCCCCAACCUCUCCUUCUGGUAACGGAUCCGGAAGUUCCUUAGCCAUGUUAACCAGUAACAACGCUGUCCUAUUGCUGACCCUUGGUGCAUUUUUCUUUAUUUUUCUUAAAAAGGAACGGUCACGUGAAGAAGAGAAUCAAAUUUUGGAUUACGCCCUCUACAGGGAAUAUCUGCAUCACUCCUAAAAACAAGGUCAACAA